AUGGCAGAAAAAUUUGGAAUGGGACUCAUUUCUGUGUCUUUGCUGCAAUUUCUGCUUUUAAAUGUUCGGCUGGGUUCUGGAGCUCCGGCUCUAUCUGCGGAUGAAGUGUUUCUGUCCGGUCAAUCAGCUGACAGCAUUUUGCGCAGACACAAACGUUACAACACUGGACUGUUUGAGGAGUUUCUGCAGGGAAACCUGGAGAGAGAGUGUAUAGAGGAAUUAUGCGACCUAGAAGAGGCGAGGGAGACAUUCGAGAAUGAUGAAAAGACAAUGGAAUUUUGGACAGGAUAUACAGAUGAUAAUCAGUGUAUGUCAGGGCCAUGCCUGAACCAGGGGUCAUGUAAAAACAUCCUGGGCUCCUACACCUGCACAUGUGCAUCUGGCUUCACUGGGAGGAACUGUGAGAUUGCUAUAGCAAAAAGAUGCGAUGUGAACAAUGGAGACUGUAUGCACUUCUGUGACUCAUUAGGAGUCUUUAGAGCAAAAUGCUCCUGUGCUAGAGGAUACAGGCUGAUGCAGGAUGGUGUCAGCUGUGAAGCAGAAGUUGAAUUCCCAUGUGGCAGAACUGCCCUGACAGCACAGAGUGGAGUAUAUACAAGAUCUGCGUUCCACUAUGAGAAUGCAAACACCACUUCACUGACCGACACGAACACUACUCCAUACCCUCCCUCAACUCCAGCCCCUACCACAGUAUCGUUUAUGGACACAAGAAAUAGACGAAAGAAACUGCCCCUGUGGGUAUACAGUGACACUGAGGCCCCCACUGAGGAGCCAGUUAUGCCUUAUAAACGUAUCGUUGGAGGUGAAGUGGUCCUACCGGGAGAGAUCCCAUGGCAGGUAGCCUUGGUAGCACAUCCCAGUGGUCAUAUAUUUUGUGGGGGAUCCAUUCUGAGCGAACACUGGGUUAUCACUGCUGCUCAUUGCCUGAUAGAGGCACAAGGCUCCUUCUUCGUCAGAGUGGGGGAGAAUAACAUCAACAUCAAUGAAGGCACGGAGCAGAAUCAUGAUGUGAAGGAGAAGCACAUUCACCCACGCUACAAUGCCACUCUAAGCUUAUACAACCAUGACAUCGGCCUCCUCUAUCUCAAAAGCCCCAUCACCUUCUCCAAGGCAGUGCGACCCAUCUGCAUAGGGCCCAUGACAUUCAUUGAGGCCUUAGUGAAGGAUUCCUCCCCAGCUACAGUCAGCGGCUGGGGCAGAACACGCUUCCUUGGAGCCACGGCCAAGACGCUGCUAAAAGUCGAGGUUCCCUUCACAGAUCGCACAGAGUGCACACAGAGCAGCAGCCAAAGGAUCACCCCUGUCAUGUUUUGUGCAGGAUACUAUAAUGAGGCCAAAGAUGCCUGUCAGGGCGACAGUGGAGGCCCUCACGCAAACAGUAUUCAUAAUACAUGGUUCCUCACAGGCAUCGUAAGCUGGGGGGAAGAAUGUGCAAAACAAGGGAAAUAUGGUGUGUACACCCGGAUCUCUCUUUAUUACAAGUGGAUAAACCAUGUUAUGGGGGUAACUAAACACAGGAUGGCAUUUGAUUAUGAAAACCCUGACCCGUAAAGCUGCUUUUUAACUGUAAGAAUUUGGCAUGCAAAUGAAUUCAUAUAAAUACGAGUACAGCUUGUAGAUGUUGUAAAGAAAGCGGAACGAUUUUUUAAAGGAGUGAAAAUUAUUAGACUACAAAAAUUCUAGCGUUCAAUUCAACAACAGAAGCACAAUAAGCUGUAAAAAUGCACGUGUAAAGAGAAAUACAUGAAUAUGCUUAAAUGAGACCUAUGAUUUAAUAUGCCCUUUCAUACUAUGCAAAUAAAUAUAAGAGAAAAUACCAGUUCAUCUGCCCGUAUCAGAACAUCACUUACAUGUUAUGUGAAUGAAUUUGAUAAGAAAGAUGAAUAAAACGAAAAUCUGAAAAGCCAAACAUCAAAUUAAAUUUGAC